AUGUCGGAAGAAAUCCAGCGAAUCCUCUUCCUCGCGCCCAAAGUGCACAUCUACGCCGUGCCGCCGCUCUCCUCCAACACCGGCCACAAAGCCGCCACAUGGAACGUCGACCAGCCCAGCAGCCUCAUCUUCACCGCCCGCAUCCGCAUCAUCGAGACGGCCACGCUCUCCGCCGACGGCGCCGAGAACGACAACGUCCGCACCGACGUGCGCCUCGAGGACCCAAAGACCGGCGACCUGUUUGCUAACUGCCCGUACGAGGGCGCCCACUGCGUCGAGCAAGUCACCGACAGCUCGCGCUUCUUCGCCGUGCGCGUCGUCGACAGCGGCCGCAAGGCCAUGCUCGGCAUCGGCUUCGAGGAGCGCAGCGAGGCCUUCGACUUCGGCGUCAGCCUGCAGGAGGUGCGGCGGCACGCCGAGGGCGUCACCGGCGGCGGCGCAAAGCGCGGGAAGAAGACGGAGGAGACGGCGGCCGCGGAGAAGAAGAAGGACUAUAGCCUGAAGGAGGGGGAGACGAUCAAUAUCACUAUCGGGAAUAAGGGUCGCCGCCGGGCGCCCUCGUCGCCGAAAGCGUCUUCCGACAGCGGCGGCGGCGGUGGUGGUGGGCUGCCGUUCCUGCCGCCGCCGCCGAGCGCAGAGGAUGUGAAGCGCAACCGCAUGAGCCAGCAUGGGCUGGAGGACUUUAGCAAGAUUGGGUUUGACGGGAAGAUGGGCUUUGACGAUGAUGCGUUUGGGGACUUUGUCUGA